UUCCACCUAGUAGAGAAUACUAAAGCUAAGUAUGGUAUCCUGGAUGAAGACACCUACAACUUUAACGAGUCUGGGUUCAUGAUGGGCGUCAUAUCAACAGGAGCUGUUGUCACAGGCUCUGAGCGCAAGCACCACCUCUCUGCUUGGUACAAGGAGCUAUCUAUACCUCACAACUGGGUCAUUACUGUCUCUAAGAACAGCUGGACCAACAAUGAGCUUGGCAUCAAGUGGCUGAAGCACUUUGAUGAGCACACAAAGGAGCGCACUGUUAGCAGCCAUCGGCUGCUCAUUCUGGACGGCCAUGAGAGCCACAACUUAGUCAAGUUCCACCAGUACUGUGAGGAACACAAGAUCAUCACUCUGUGUAUGCCUCCUCACUCGUCGCACCUAUUGCAGCCACUUGACGUGGGUUGUUUUGCCCCAAUGAAGAAGGCCUAUGGUCGCCAAGCUGAGCUGCUGAUGCGCAACAAGAUUACUCACAUCACAAAACUCAA